AUGUCUUUUCCGAACCUUGCUAUACCGCCAAAUUAUUCAAACGAUAUGAUCAUGCCAAGAAGAACUGCAGUAAGUUUUCGUGAGAGACCAAAGGUAUCCUCACCACUUCAUUCAAGAACAGAUCAUCGGUAUCGUUCACAUUCUUAUCCAGAACCAUCGCCAUUUAUUAUUUAUAUGGAACCAAAUCCUCCUCCCUCCUCACCUUUAUCAACUGCAUCAAAGCAUCCCGUUCCCAUUGUAUAUCCUGCAUUAAUAUCAAGAGUUGCUGAAGCAUUUCGAGCCAGAGUCAUUCUGUCAAAUAGAAUGAAAGAUGAUAUAGAGUAUAAUUUUUGUUUUGAUGGUAGAGAAGCUGAUAAAAUAGCAUUUAUAAUUAAAACUACAGAUAGAAAUUUGGCAUUAUUACUUGGACGUGCCUUAGAUUCUCAAAAAUUUUUUCAUGAUGUAACUUAUGACCACCGUCUUCGAGAUUCUCCAAAUGAGUUUCGCGGUUCAUUAUCAGAGAAAAAGGAUCAAAAAUUAUGGAUUCAUUCAGUACCCCCAGAAAUUGCAAACUCAGUAUCAGAUCAAGAAAAGAAGCGUCAAGAAGCUAUAAACGAAGUGAUAUAUACCGAAAAAGAUUUUGUUCGUGACAUAGAAUAUUUAAAAAAUUGUUGGAUAACGCCACUUUUAACACAAAAUAUUAUUCCCGAGUUUCGACGAGAAAAAUUUAUUCGAGAUGUUUUUCAUAAUAUUAUGGAAAUUUAUAAUGUCAAUUCACAAUUAGCCGAUGCAUUACAAAAACGUCAAAAUUCAUAUGCGAUUGUUGGACGAGUUGGCGAUAUUUUUUUAGAACACGUUACAUCAUUUGAGCCUUUUAUUAGAUAUGGCGCUCAUCAAAUAUGGGGAAGAUAUGAAUUUGAAAGGGAAAAAUGUAUUAAUCAAGCAUUUUCCAAAUUUGAUGCUGAACGUCGUCCUGAAUCAAGAAAAUUAGAACUUAAUGGAUACCUUACAAAACCUACCACACGUCUUGGUCGAUACCCAUUGCUACUUGAAGCUGUUCUCAAACAAACUCCAAGAGAUAAUGAUGAUCGUGUUAAUUUGCAAAAAGUUAUUACUAUAAUUAAAAAAUUUUUAUCAAUGGUUAAUGUGGAAUCUGGUAAAUCAGAGAACAGAUUUCAUUUACAACAAUUAAACGAUCAACUAGCUCUUAAAGGAACAGAACACGAGGAAUUAAAUCUCACCGCAGAAGGACGACAAAUAAUUUUUAGGGGUGCUUUGAAAAAAAAAACUGAUAAUUCUGAUAUACAAGUGUUUUUAUUUGAUCAUGUUUUGUUGAUGGUAAAAACAAAAAUUGUUAGUAAAGUUGAACAAUAUAGAAUUUACAGAAAGCCAAUUCCUCUAGGGUUUUUGAGUCUUCUUGUCAAAGAAGGGGCAACAGAAGGAGGCCGUAAAAUAUCUCAAUCUCUUUUACAAGUUAAAAAUCCAAACAAUUCACAAAAAGGAACUGACCUUUCAAUAAAUUUUACUUAUCUCGGAAGGAGAGGAUAUUCAAUAACAUUAUAUGCAUCAACACCUUUUGUUCGAAAGAAUUGGAUUCAGAACAUUUAUAAACAAAAAGACCAUUUAAAUGAAGAGACAAAGGUGUUUGAAAAGACUGUGCUGUUAGGCAAAAAAUUUUUUAUUGGAUCAAAUAAUAUAAAUUGUGCAUGUUUUUUUGAUCAUUAUCGUAAAUUAGCUCUUGGUACAGACAAUGGAGUUUAUGUGCAUGUAAUUGGUCAAGAUGUUAAAAAUGUAGUUCAAAUAUUAAAAAUGGAAAGAGUUUCUCAAAUUGAUAUUCUUGAAGAUUAUCGAUUAUUAUUAGUGUUGGCAGAUAAAAAUUUUUAUACUUAUCCUAUGGAAGUAUUGGAUCCAAAUGAUGCCACUCAGGCCAGUAAACGUUCAAGGAAGAUUAUUACUCAUGCCAAUUUUUUCAAGUCAGGUACUUGUCUCAGUAAACAACUCGUAUCAGUUGUACGGUCAAAUGCUCUUAAUUCAACUAUUAGACUAUUUGAACCUGAACAAAUCAAGGUUAACAAAAACAAAGGAAUGUUUAAAGAUUUCUUAAAAGUAAACGAUCCCCUUAAAUUAUACAAGGAAUUUUGCAUACCUACACCAUCAACUUCAAUACAUUUUCUUAGUAAAAGGUUGUGUGUUGGAUGUGCUAAGGGGUUUGAGAUGGUAGAUAUAAACUCUUCAGAUACACAAGCUUUAUUAAAUCCAAAUGAUACUACGUUGGAUUUUGUACAAAAAAAAGAAAAUAUUAAACCUAUAGCAAUUUAUCGUAUAAGUGGUGGAAAAUUUUUAUUGUGUUAUGAUGAAUUUGCAUUCUUUGUAAAUAAGGAUGGAUAUCGUACAAGAGAAGAUUUUCUUAUAUGUUGGGAAGGAAUACCGACUUCAUUUGUUCGUAAUGCAGAUUCAGGUCUUCUUGAACAGAUUAUUGAAGGUCAUAAUUUACGUUGUCUUUGUGAUACUCGAGGACGAAUACUAGUAGUCACAAAUGAUCCCGAGUCAGACAGUUCAGAAGUUUUCUCAUUAAAACUUGUUGAAAAUAGAAGAGAUUCUUUCAUAUCUCAAACGGCUAGCAUUACUGAUUUGAAUGGGUAUGAAUAUGCAAAUAGAACUAAUUUUGAAAAAGGUAGAUUUAUGGCAUUACAUAAUGGAUAUGAUUAA